CAGGAGACGAUGAUCGGGAACGAAGAAACUUUUGAGCCACCGUGAGAUCUUCCUUCUCUGGCUUCCUUCUCUGGCUUGCUUACUUUCCUCCCCACCACUGCAGUAGUGCUGGGUAUGCUCUGAAGCCUCGGCUGAGAGGACUGUGCUUGCUUUCGUUGUUAGAGGUGCAAAUCGUAACAUCUCACUUCGUGCGGGGAAAGAGUCUCCAGCAGAACUCUACUAAAAUGUACAUAGAUGGAAGACACUCGUGCUUGUGCUCUUGGAACUUGCUGCUGAGUUUUGAUCCUGGACAAUACCAAGAUGCCUUCCUUCGUUGCAAAUCUCAAAUCGAAUCAGUCCUCUCUGGAUACGACAGCAGCUAGAACACAUCUACGAGAAGAAGGAUGGUGUGUCGUACCCGACAUACUGACUUCAGAAGAGACUGCGCAAGUUUUGGAACGACUAUGGAAGGCCAAAGAAGCAAGCGAGAAGCAGGGAGAUCCAACUCGACUGGACUUCCUGGAUCCCAAUGCCAGUAACGUUCGAGUCUUCUAUCUGAUGCAGUUGGACGAGAUAUUCCUCGACCUGAUUCAGCACCCAAUGGCCAUCGAGAUGGUCAAAUCUGUGCUGGGUGACGACUUUCUCAUCUCAAAUUUCACGGCCAACAUUGCCCGACCUGGCUCGAAGUCCAUGGGUCUUCACUCCGACAUGGCUCUGGUUGUUCCGGACCCCUGGAAGGAAAUUUGGGCUUUAAAUGUGAUCUGGUGCUUGACAGACAUGUAUUUCGAGAAUGGAGCAACAUUGUACAUUCCAGGGAGCAACAAGUGGGAAUACCAAAGCCAGAUUCCUAAAGAUGCGAGGACACUGCUGAAGCCAUUCACGGCCAAGGCUGGAUCAAUUGUGAUCAUGGAUGGGAGGGUAUGGCAUACCAGUGGAGAAAAUAUCUCGAAACAAGAUCGUGCCUUGUUGUUCGGAUACUAUACUGCGCCCUUUCUGCGUCAACAAGUCAAUUGGACUGCGAAACUGGAUGAGGCUACGAGGGAGAGUCUGAGUGACGAGAUGAAGAACUGGUUGGGCUUGGGUGUGAAUGGGAACCUAGGACGAGCGCUGGAUCUGAAAUAUCUAGAUGAUCAGUUUCCCAACGGUGUCUAGAUAGCCUCACCACAGCUCUAAUAUCAUCGGUGUCCCCUUUACUGAUGUUCAAGUCUGUCACGGCCCAGACUGAGCGAAGCCGGAUCUGCAGUUUGAUGGUGCGCAGUUUGCAGCUCAUCAAAACCUGUGGGAUUACGUGCUGCCUUGGAUUCC